AUGGCUCGCAACGUGCGCCCUUUCCUGCCCGCCUUGCUUUUUCUGGCGGCUCACGUGAUAAUCAGCGGCCGUGCUCAAGAGGCGGGCGUGUCCGAGGCGUGGACCAGCGGGCCGUGCAAGUGCGACUGCGACGAAGGCCCGUCGCCAACUCAGUUCUCCUCGGUCGGCUCCCCCCCGGUGAGAGGCGUGGACUGCAUGCCAGAGUGUCCGUACCACAAGCCUCUGGGCUUCGAGGCGGGAUCGGUCAGUCCGGAGCAGCUGAGCUGCUCCAACGAGGACCAGUACAGCGGAUGGUUCUCAUCUUGGCUCCCAAACAAGGCUCGGCUCAACAGUCAAGGAUUUGGCUGUGCGUGGCUCUCCAAGUUCCAAGACAACAGCCAGUGGCUGCAGAUCGACCUGAGAGAGGUCAUGGUGGUCUCUGGGAUUCUGACUCAAGGCCGCUGUGACGCCGACGAGUGGGUGACCAAGUACAGCGUGCAGUACCGCACUGACGAAAAACUCAACUGGAUUUUUUACAAGGACCAGUCCGGGAAUAACCGGGUGUUCUACGGGAACUCGGACCGUUCGUCGUCAGUGGAGAACCUCCUGCGGCCGCCUGUGGUGGCGCGCUACAUCCGCAUCCUGCCCCUGGGAUGGCACACGCGCAUCGCGCUGCGUCUGGAGCUGCUGCUCUGCAUGAGCAAAUGUGCCUGAACCUCGACCUCUGCCCCCCCCCACCCCCACCCCUUCACCUGUAACCUCCGCCGUCCAAACACUCUCAAGUGUGUGCGUGUGUGUGUGUGAGCUGUGAUUAUUUGAAGCCUUCCAUUUUUUUUUAUCGUGAACACAAAGGUCAUUCCAAAGUAGGAGGACAAAUUUAGCCACCAACAUUUUUUCAAGAAACUUGGAGCCAACAAACCGUCUUCAUUUUGAUUCAUCCGGCUCAACUGUCAACGGUACACAUCUAGAUAUAGUCUACGUCAUGUCACAUAGUUUGGUGUAUUUGUAUGGAUUUCUUUCGGCUCGUCCCGUUGGGUGUCGCCAUAGCGAGUCAUCGCAGAUGAACACUCGUAAUUGUUUGGCACAGUUUUUACGCCGGAGGCCCUUCCUGACGCAACCCCUCUGCGUUUAUCCGGGGAGAGAGCUGGAGCCUAUCCCAGCUAACUUUGGGCAUAUUUAAAUAUCUGGUUCAUGAAAAACAAAUAUAUUGCUGGAUUAAUCCUGUACAACAAAGGUUUUUAUCCUAAAAUCAAUUUAAUUUUAGUUUUAGUGGAAUUACAGUCACACGGUUGCGUAUCAAUGUGAGUGUCAAGAGAUUUUGCUCGAGUACGUGCUAGUUGUGUUAGCUGCUAUGCUAACAGGUUAGGAACAAACCCGGCUAGACAAUAAAUGAAACAAUUAAACGUGUUUUUUGGAUAAUUUGAGAAAGAGCGUCGUGUUAGUUUGAGUGACACGCUCAUUAUGAGAGAAUUCAUUUGAAAGAGUUUGAAAAAUAGAAGUAAUAACUAUCUUUAUUGACGAUUAGGGGAGUUAGCUUGAUUGUCGUUUUUGCUAAGUCCCCUCUCGCUUCUUCUUCCUUUGGAGAUAUAAAACAUUUUAAUAGUUACAUCUAGUAGCUUCAAAGCAUAAUUAAUACUCACAAUAGGUCUGAUUAUUUAGUAUGAUUUUGGUAAUUUUUCUCAUCAUUGAAACAUUUGUUUUAUAAGAUCGAUUAAAAGUCAUUUUAUUUAUGUAAAAGUUGGUCUUAAAAAGGGAGGAAAGACAAAGCUUUUUUUUUGUUUUUUUUUUUUUUUAGUGAGAACUUGUUUUUAUGUAUUUAUUUAUAUAAAUUGUCCAAUGCUAAAAUGUCCUCAAAUUCUGGAAUGACCCAUUAGGAGCUAAAAUAUUUGAAAAAUGAUAUUAUGUUUGUAGUUGUUUUGAUGUUUGAUAUGCAAAGACUUUGUUUCGCAUUGUACUUGUUUCAACUCGUCUCCCGGCGGCUGCUUUAAUUUUCCUCGCAAAGUCGAAUUAUUACCUUUGCACCGAAACGGCAUAAACUCAAAGCAAUAAUUAGUCCACGGCGCGGGAGAGGCGAGCGUUGCCAUGGAGGAGGUGUGCACAGAUGUGCAAACGAGCUGGACCGGAACGCGCCUUUCAUGUGGAGCAGCUCGAUGAAACGCCGGCCGGAGCUUUUCAAACAAGGUGGCCAGCGGGGAAUUCGACAGCAUUCAGCCAAGUAAAAGGCAGGUGGGGGCAGCGGACCCCUGGGUCAUGUUCCGAAAUAUUGCCAGAGUGUCGUCAUCCUAUCGUUUUGUCACAAAUGCUUCUCAAACGUCCGUAUUUUAAAAAUCUGUGUUAGCUGAGUUGAAUUAAAACAGUUUGUGGAUGGUUUAAAAUUCUGUCAGAGCUUGAAAUUUUGUGCCAGCUGAGUUGAAAUUUGAGAAUUCUUCUGUGUAUUUUUUUAUCAUACCAAUUCUAACCCUGAAUUUUCUUAAAAAUAUUCAGGGUAAAAAAAAUGUGUGUGAAAAUUUUCAAAGUAGUUUUU